GUCUUUUUUGUGUGUCUUUGCUUGCUUUGCCAGUCAGUCACACGGCGGGGGAACUACGAAGACGACACUGGCAUAGGUGCCCUGUAUGGAUAUAACUCUCAAUACUCUGGAGUGACGCAUUCGCAGGAUUGGCUGAUGGGAGUUGCCACUGAAACAGUUUUUUUAGAGCUGAGUACUUUAUUCCGUCUUCAGAAUCAUUGUUUCUUCCACUAAACUUUUCCUGGAUUGUGGCAUUCAUUAUUUGGAAAAUACUUUUUUACCUAUUUGGGUAUUGACAAGAUGCCCAUCUUAAAGCAAUUGGUCACAAAUCCCAAUGCAUCAAAGCGACGGUCCAGAGCGGAUCUCACAGCAGAGAUGAUCAGUGCACCGCUGGGAGAUUUCCGCCAUACUAUGCACAUUGGGAGAGCUGGAGAUGCCUUUGGGGAUACAUCAUUUCUUGCUAGCAAAGGAGAAGACCAACCAGAUGUAGAAGAACCUGCUUCUAAGCCAGGGCUUCUGUCCAGACAUUUCCGCAGUAGCAAACGUUCUCAUUCUGUGACCCGUAGUGACAGAAGGGAUAUGUUGGGUUCACUCAGGGACUCUGCCCUCUUUGUCAAAAAUGCUGUAUCGUUGCCUCAACUUACAGAGAAAGAGUCAGAGAAAAGUUCAUCUAGCAAGAAGUUACCUAAAAGUUUGUCUUCCAGUCCAGUUAAGAAGUUUCCAGAAGAACAGCAUUUUAAUGGGGCAUCUGCUCGGAGCCCAGCCCCCUUUCCAGAUCUUGCCUCAGCAGAGAGGGAAUUUGGGGACAUAACUGAGCUGCCAGAGACCAACUCUAAAAGUCAUUAUGGAAUGAAACAUGCUGAAUCCAUUAUGUCAUUUCACAUUGACUUGGGACCUUCAAUGUUGGGAGAUAUUUUAAGUGUCAUGGACAACAGUCAGUGGGAGAAGGACUUGGUCUGUAGCCUUGAUGAACUUGAUGGUAAUGGAAUGCCUCCUGGCCCGAGUUCUAUACCAUCUACUCAUAUAGUUCCUUCAUCCAUAAAAUAUCCAUCACAAGCUUUGGAUGAGGUUCAUAGGGUAUCUGCCAACAAAAUAAGUUCUAGCAGAAUUCACAGCAGCCAGCCCACUAAAGACAACUACUCCACAUCCAGAGGCCCAUCUGGGCACACAGAGGAAAAAAAAAUAAGGGCAAGAGAACUUUCUUUUAUGGAUGAAGAGGAAGAAGAGGAUGAAAUAAGGGUCUAGAAAGAGCUAAUAUUUAUCUUUUCUUCUAAGGAACUGCUCAGAUGGGGAAAAGACUUUUCCAAAUACUCAAACUUAUUGGGUUGUCCUUGCAGUAACCCUUUACUACCCUGCCCCUUGUGGAUCUGAGAAAGUUUGUUUUCUAUUCUAGACCUUUAAUGGCAAUAAACCUCCACAAUAACAACUGUUUUCUCAUGUGGAUAUUCUAAAGCCUUGAUGGCAGAGUAACCUCUGAACACUACAAAUUUAUUGCUAUCCUAAAAAUAUGGAAAUUUUUGUUUUGGAAUAUAGCUGACAGGAAAGGGGGAAAAGGGAUCCAGGUGCACAUAACAAUUGAUUUAAAACUACACUGCACUCUGCCGGACACCAGUUAAUAUGUAAGAGGAAACCCCUCAUUACAACUUUUUAUACCCCCCCCAAAAAAAAUCUGUAUUAUACUCCACACUGUGGCCUCAGCCUUGCUUUUAUCUGUUUUUAUUUUUUUAACUAAUUAUUCCUAAUUUUUUUUCUCUUAUAGAGAGACCUACAAGGCAAAAUGUCACAGGCCCUUCAAGCAUUAAAAUGUUGAGCCUGUAAGUCUUAUUCAGAUGCCUUCCUCCUAGAACCAACUAUUUAAUUGUGUUAAAACAAAGAGUGUCUGCAUUUAUUUACUGGGAAGAGUUCAUGUUACUAUUCACGUGGUAACAUAAGGCUUGUGACAAUCAAACAUUUUUUCAAUAGAUGCAUUAACAUUUAAGCUUCUGUUCCCAAAUACCCAGUAUUUGAAAUAUCCAUAAUGUGAGUGUCACCUUUGCUGCCAACCUUUAGAACUGUUUGCAACCUCAUGGUCCCCAAGACUUCAAACUUACGUAGGGUUUCGUUUCCUAAAAAGCUAAAAGUACCAUUGCCCUUAUGCUUGUCUGGAAGACCUACCAUAUUGUAGAGUGUGAGACCAUGUUUCCUACGCUGGCAGCUAAGUGUUUUAAUGGAUAGUGGAAAUACUGUACUAAUCCUUUAAAUGAAGCUGAUAACUGUUUUGUGUGAUGGAGGAUCCUUUAAUAUUUAAAGUGCUCUGAAUAAAAUAAAAUAUGACGCUA